CCGUAAACCCUUGCUCGACUCCUCUCCCGCCGCGCGCGCGCGCUCUCUCUCUCUUCCUUCGCUAGGGUUCGCUUAAACCCUAGCGAAUCCCCUCCAACAAUGGCGACGCCGCCGCCCCCCGCCCACGCCAUGAAGAGGAACUACCGGUGCGUGCCCUCGCUGCAGCAGUUCUACAGCGGCGGCCCCUUCGCCGUCUCCUCCGACGGCGCCUUCAUCGCCUGCGCGUGCGGCGACGAGGUGAAGCUCGUGAGAUCUUCCGACGCCUCCGUGCGCGCCACCCUCGCCGGCGACUCCGAGGCCGUCACCGCCAUCGCCCUCGGCCCCGGCGACCGCCUCCUCUUCUCCGCCACCCACAGCCGCCUCAUCCGCGUCUGGGACCUCGCCUCCCUCAAGUGCAUCCGUUCUUGGAAGGGUCAUGAUGGUCCUGUGAUGGGCAUGGCAUGCCAUUCUUCCGGUGGAUUGCUUGCAACGGCAGGAGCGGAUAAGAAGGUAUUGGUAUGGGAUGUUGAUGGUGGCUUUUGUACACAUUUCUUUAAAGGCCACAAGGGAGUUGUCACAAGCAUCAUGUUCCACAGUGAUCCAAACCGCUUACUACUGUUCUCAGGAAGUGAUGAUGCAAGUGUACGAAUAUGGGAUCUGGAAACUAAGAAGUGCAUUGCAGUGAUGGAGAAGCAUUUCUCAGCAGUUACUUCCUUGUCAUUAUCGGAAGAUGGGCAGCUAUUACUUAGCGCUGGAAGAGAUAAGGUUGUGAAUAUAUGGGAUGCGUGUAAUUAUAGCUUCAAGAUGACUGUGCCGACUUAUGAGAUGGUGGAAGCUAUUUGCAUUAUACAAUCGGAUAGCAACUUGUCCACUUGUUUGGGAUCAAAGAAAUCUCAAAUUGGGAAGAGUAAAUCAAAUGGUUCUCUGCGAGUUCAUUUUCUCACAGUUGGUGAGCGUGGGGUUGUACGCAUUUGGAGCUCAGAAGGUGCAGUUUGCAUAUUUGAGCAGCAAUCUUCUGAUGUAACUCUUAGCUCUGAUAAAGAUGAUUCUAGAAGAGGGUUCAUAUCAGCUAUUUUAUUACCAUCAGAUCAAGGAUUGCUCUGUGUCACUGCUGAUCAGCAGUUUCUGUUCUAUCAGCCGAUAAAAGAUGUUGAAGGGACAUUUCAGUUAAACCUAUAUAAACGCCUUGUGGGUUACAAUGAAGAGAUUCUUGAUAUGAAGUUUCUUGGUGAGGAGGAAAAAUAUCUUGCUGUGGCAACAAAUUUGGAGCAGGUACGUGUUUAUGAUCUGCAGUCCAUGUCAUGCAGUUAUGUAUUGGCAGGCCACACUGAAAUUGUUGUGUGCCUUGAUACAUGUGUUUCAAGGGGGAUGACGCUUGUGGUUACUGGAAGCAAAGACAAUACUGUAAAGCUGUGGGAUGCUGAAAGGAGAUGUUGUAUUGGAACUGGUAGAGGCCACAUGGGAGCUGUUGGAGCUGUUUCCUUUUCAAAAAAAUGGAAAAUUUUUUUUGUCAGCGGUAGUUGUGACCGUACCAUAAAGGUAUGGAGUUUUGAGGAUGUUCUUGAAGAUGCUGACCAGGAGGUUGAACUUAAAACAAAGGCUGUUGUAGCGGCACAUGACAAAGAUAUUAAUUCCCUCGCCAUCUCGCCAAAUGAUGGCCUUGUUUGUAGUGGUUCUGAGGAUCACACUGCGUGUAUAUGGAGGCUUCCUGAUUUAGUAUCCUUAGUUGUGCUUAAAGGCCACAAAAGGGGAAUUUGGUCUGUGGAGUUCUCUCCAGUUGAGCAAUGCGUGUUAACUUCUUCAGGUGAUAGAACCGUCAAGAUAUGGGCUAUUUCUGAUGGUUCAUGCCUAAAAACAUUUGAAGGGCAUCCCUCGAGCGUGUUGCGAGCUUCUUUCCUCUCACGUGGGACCCAGUUUGUUUCAUGCGGGGGAGAUGGUUUGCUCAAGUUGUGGACGAUUAAGUCAAACGAGUGUAUUGCUACGUAUGAUCAGCACGAGGGAAAGGUGUGGGCGUUAGCUGUUGGCAAGAAGACCGAAAUGCUUGCAACUGGUGGAACUGAUGCAGUUGUUAACUUGUGGCAUGAUUGCACUGCUGAAGAUAAGCAGGAAGCCUUUCGGAAAGAAGAGGAAGCAAUUUUGAGAGGGCAAGAACUGGAAAAUGCAGUAUCCGACUCUGACUACACCAGAGCAAUUCAGCUUGCAUUUGAACUCCGAAGACCGCACAGACUCUUCGACUUAUUUUCACAGCUCUGCAGGAAAGUGGACUCUGAAGAUCUGAUAGAGAAAGUCCUUAUUGGUCUUGGAAAGGAAGAGCUGCGUGUGCUUCUUGAGUAUGUUCGUGAGUGGAAUACAAAACCUAAGUUGUGCCACGUUGCACAGUUCGUGCUAUUUCGAAUUUUAAAGAUUUUCCCACCAACUGAAAUCAUGGAGAUCAAAGGAAUUGGCGAACUUCUCGAAGGCCUUAUUCCAUACUCGCAGAGGCAUUUCAGCAGAAUCGACCGGCUCGUGAGAAGCACCUUUUUGUUGGACUAUGUCCUGACCAGAAUGUCAGUAAUAGACCCACAAUCCGAGCCGCUCCAAGAAAAAAAGGAAUCCAGUUUUUCCCGAAAUCAGGGUCAAAUAAACAGCAUGCCAGCUGAGAUUGGUCGAAAUGAUCAAACCCAGCUUAUAUCAUCGGCAGCUGAGGAAAAUCUCUCUUUGAAGAAACGAAAAUCUAGUAAAUCAAAGAAAGGAUCAGAGAAGAAAGCUAAGUAUGUGUUAUUCGGCGCGGCAUAGUAAAGUUAUAUUCAAGUUUUUUUUUCUUGCUUUUGAGAGAGAGAGAGAAAGGUAGCAUGCUAUCUACUUCGUUUAUUUCUUUAAGGAGUUAUAUUCGAGUUAUCUGCAUUUGCUGCCAUUUUAUUACCUUUUUUUCUUCUGCCAAGUUUAGCAGCAUACAAAUUUUCUAGAGCGCAGUAUAAUUAUGCCUAGCAUGUUAAAAAUGAGGUGUUAUAUUGAUAAUUCUUUUGCUAUUUUUGGGGAAAACAAGAGAAGAAAUAUCAUUUUGGAUUAGAGAAGUUUAUCUUGCUGUGUAAAAACUGACUAUUGGAAGAAAAAGAAAGAAAGAAAAAAAAACAACAACAGCAGAACAGUAAUGUAGUCA